AUGGCCGCUGAGAAGAAAAUCCUUUUGUCCUCGUAUUCACGUAUGAUGGACAGCAUUGAGUCCCGUGCAAAAAAGCUGUUAAUUUAUGUGCGUUCGUUUGAUUCCGAGAAGCAAGACAAAUCUCUUCUCGAAGACAAGCUACAGUCAGUUUAUGAGAUGCGUUCUUUUUUCCACGAGACAGAGGCCAAGCUUUAUGGACUGUUGAAAGAAGAUGAGGUAGAAGAGUGGAAAAUGACCAGUGAACAAGUUGAAGACACUCUCGACGAGAUCCGCCAUCUUAUUCGCAGUAAACUCCGUGAGAUUGACCCACCCAAGCCAGUUACCGCGCAAAUAUCGCAGCCAACCCCCCAAGUACCUCAUCCCAAACUGCCGGAUAUCCCCCUUCCCCGAUACAAUGGCCAGUUGGAAGAUUGGAUCAGUUUUAAAAAUCAGUUCAAUGCCCUUGUGAAACGUCGUGAAGGUCUUUCGGAAAGCGAGAAAUUGUUCUACCUCAAGGCUGCCAUACAAGAUGGUGCAGCACGCCAUGUUCAGUCACCAGAAGACUCAUUUGCGUCUCUUUGGAAAGCGCUUUGUUCUGAGUUUGAGAACAAAAGGAUUCUGGUGGACAAGCACAUUGCCCAGUUGUUCCAGGUAGAUAUCGAUCGGAUUCCAGCAAAUAUGAGUUUGGCAGACCCUUCCUUCAAUCGAUCGCGACGAAUCGAUAUGCUGCUGGGAAUCCAAAUUUUCAAUGAACUGUUCACCGGUCAAACAUACUUGAUACCAGAUGAUCACAUGUUUUGGUGCAAAGAAACUAUUUUCGGUUGGGUUUUUGGCGGAGCAGUAAACGAGCAGGAAGCAGAGCAAUCUUCCUCGAAUAUAUGCGCAGUUGUGACCAAUGAGGCAUUGAGCGAGCAGAUAGCAAAAUUUUGGGAAGCGGAAUCCAUUCCCGAGUCAAGACAUUUGACUGAAGAUGAGCAAGCUGCAGAACGGAGCUUCAAGGAAACAUGUCGGAGGCUUCCGAAUGGGCGAUAUGAGGUAGGACUACCAGUCAAGAACGAUAUUGCGGAACUAGGUGACAGUGAAUCAAUGGCAUUACGUAGAUUCGUGCAAGUUGAGCGAAGGUUGAUCUUCAAUCCAACCGUUUAUGAUCAGUACAGAGAAUUUAUGGCAGAUUACCACGAGCAAGAGCAUAUGAUCAAGAUAAACGAAGAGACCGACGGCGCGUACUUUAUGCCGCAUCAUGCAGUGUUCAACCCGACAAGCACUACUACGAAGACGCGGGUGGUUUUUGAUGCGUCCGCUGUUACCACGAGAGGAACAUCUUUGAACGAUCAUCUCUAUGUUGGCCCAGUAAUACAACGAAAAUCGCAAAUGGCAGCAGGUUUUUUGGCGUCCUCAUCCGGAAGUGUUUUGGAGGUGUAUCAAUUGGCAACCGUCACCUAUGGCACUGCUUGUGCGCCCUUUCUAGCGACACGUGUGCUGAAACAACUAUGCGAAGACGAGAGCGAGCGUUUCCCCUUGGCGUCAAAGGCGGGAACCGAAGAUUAUAACAUGGACGAUUUGUUGAGUGGAGCUGAUACACUAGAAGAAGCGCUGGCAAUGCAAUCAGAAUUCCGUGAGAUGAUGGCAGUCGGAGGAUUUGUGCUUCAUAAAUGGGCGUCUAACCAUCCGGCGGUUCUGCAAUCUGUUCCCAAUUCAAGCGCUGAACAAGUGGUAUUUUUUGAAGACGAGACGACUACGCGAGCAUUAGGACUAACCUGGCAACCCCGUAACGAUGUAUUUAUUACCAAACUACACGAGAUUCAGUUUCACACUGGUCAGCCGACGAAACGAUCGGUUUAUUCGGACAUAGCAAAAUUAUAUGAUCCAUUAGGAUUACUCGGUCCAUUGAUAUUCUUGGCAAAGGUGAGACUGCAAAGGCUGUGGCACCUCAAAGUCGAUUGGGAUGAAAUUCUGAACAACGAAGAAACUGUGUCCUGGGAGAGUUUCCGGAAUCAAAUCAUCCAUAUGGGCGAAAUUUCCAUACCUCGCUGUGUGCUUCCGUACAAUUCAUCGCCACUAAUUGAACUGCACGGUUUUUGCGAUGCAUCCGAUCUGGGCUACGGUGCAUGCGCUUACAUUCGAUCGAUGGAUGAUAGACACGAAUGUUCGGUUAUUUUGCUUACCUCUAAGUCUCGAGAUCCAACCCACCAAAACGCCAAACCGACUACCGCACGCCUUGAACUGUGUGGUGCGCUUGUACUUGCACGAUUGAUUUCUAAUAUAACGCAAAAUUUGAGCAUAUCCUUUUCUAGAAUUACCCUCUGGUCCGAUUCCACCACCGUUCUAUCUUGGAUCAGGACCGACCCAGGCAGACUGAAAAUCUUCGUCUGCAAUCGCGUCAUCGAAAUCCAAAAUUUGACGCACAACAUGGAAUGGAGAUACGUCAACACUCUCGACAACCCUGCAGAUGUCCUAUCCCGGGGACUAUUACCAAGUGAAAUAAGAAGCUGUGAAAAAUGGUGGAAAGGGCCACCGUUUCUGUGCAAUGUCGACAAGCAAUGGCCGUGUCAAGUCCAAAACACACCCGCAGAGCAGCUCCCGGAAACGAAAAAUAGUAUAAUCAACCUCACAGUCACUGAUCCUCCUGUACUGUUCCGGCUGUUCGAGAUUGAAAAAGAGUCUCGCUUCACCGUGUUGCGCGUUGGUGGGAGAAUCCGUCAUGCCACUCUCCCUGUGGAUCAGAAGCACCCCAUGGUACUACCGCCUGGGCAUCCGUUCACACUGGCCCUUAUCAGAUCGUACCACGUCGAAAUGCUGCAUGCUCCGCAGCAAAUGUUACUUGCAGCUCUACGACGACGAUUCUGGGUUCUACAUGGUCGCAGUUCGGUACGACGAGUCAUCCGCAAAUGUGUCACCUGCUUUAAAGCGAAACCAGUUCCAAUGCAACAGUUGAUGGGCGAUCUACCGAAAUAUCGGUUGGAAGGAAGCUACCCUUUCCUCAACACUGGGGUGGAUUUUUGUGGGCCAAUUUACAUCCGUCAGCACAACAAGCGAUCCACCGUCACCUACAAGGCAUAUGUAGCGGUGUUCGUAUGCUUCGCGACCCGAGCGAUACAUUUGGAGCUUGUGGGAGAUUUGACCGCCGACGCUUUUAUAGCGGCACUUCAACGAUUCAUAUCACGUAGGGGAAAAUGCGCCAAACUUUUUUCCGAUAACGGUCUUAACUUUGUCGGUAGUAAGAACAAGCUGAGAGAGAUGUACAAGAUGUUCCAGUCCCAGCAGCUGAAAACCGGGCUGCACAAUUUUUGUGUCAAAUCAGUGAUCGAAUGGCACAUGAUUCCACCUUCUGCCCCACACUUCGGCGGAUUGUGGGAAGCCGGAGUACGUUCGGCCAAAUACCACUUGAAGCGCAUUACUGGAACUGCCAAUAUGACUUUCGAAGAGUACACUACUGUGCUCACUCGUAUUGAAGCCCUCCUAAAUUCACGACCCAUCACUGCGUUAUCAGAAGACCCUUGUGACGUCAGCCCUCUUACUCCUGGUCACUUUUUGGUGGGACGCCCCCUGACCGAUAUCGCAGAGCCUGAUCUAACCGACCGUAAGCAGACCACUCUUUCUCGUUGGCAGCGUCAUUCUCAGAUGGUACAACAUUUCUGGGCUCGUUGGUCGAACGAUUACAUCACGACAUUGCAGCACCGGAACAAAUGGACCAAAUCGUUACCUGUGAUCCCUGGACAACUAGUUAUAAUCCGAGAAGACAAUCAGCCACCCAUGGCCUGGAAGAUCGGUAGGAUCGAGCAUGUAUUCUUAGGUGCAGAUGGAUGGGUACGGGUAGCAGAUGUGCAAUCAGGAGGCAAGCUCGUUCGAAGGCCCAUUACGAAGCUGUGCUUGAUACCAAUCGAUGAAAACAACGUGCAGCCGGACAAAGGCCUCCAUGAAGGCGAUAACGACGACGAAAGAUGA